AAAUCAUAAAAAUAACUUGUACAGAGGGAAUAUUAGUCACCAAGGUAAAAACGAAGGAACCUUGAUUAUGGAAACAAAUCAAUUAAUAUUGAAACCAGCGAAGGAAAACGAGAAAAAAAUUUGGAAAUUUGCAGAAUGGGGAAUAAAGUUGGCAUCGAUGGCGGUACCAGGAACAAUUGUGUAUAUGACAGGUUUUGCGGCAAUUCCCAUUGGUGGUUUAAUGAUUAUUGGCAGUUGUUAUGUUUCCGGGCUUGCAGGUGAAAUAUUAUACAUUAUUGGUUGUGAUACACUAUUAGGAGGCUCCUUUAAAGUCUUAAAAUAUCUCGUGAUUGGUCAUAAAGCAGCUAAUAUCAUUUGUAUUAACAAGAAAAUGACUAUCGGUGAAAAAAUUAUACCUUUCGUGCGAAAUUUAUUAUUUAUAUAUUAUAGGACGUCUUCCUGUUCUAGUUUCUAGUUUUGAUUUUUGUCUUUUUUUGGUUAUUUAAGACUAUUAUUUUAGUAGAGUAAUUAUUACUUUUUUAAUAAAAUA